AGUUUGUCCUUUUUUCAUUUUUGUUUUUACACUAAUUGCAAAUGUUUAUGAAUCUCAAACUUGAGACAUGAAAUCUCAUAAGGGCUAGGGUCUGAUUGAUUCUAAAUAGUUAUAAGAUUUUUACGAGAUUUAGCCAGCCAGUCCAAUAUUAUUAUUGUCCCUCUCUUCCAAACACGUCCACAGAGGGAAAUAACACCUCCCUGUACUGCAUGGGUUCGUGGCGUGUAGAGUACACGGCGUCUGACUAGAGAGGGCGCUACAUAAGGCGUGCGUUUCUUCUCAGCUCAUCUUCUUCAGUAAUUCAUUCGUAGUGCAAGAGAUGAAACAAGAUCAACAUUUCCAGUUUAAGACAAACAAUAAAUCAACAAAGUGCCACCAUGGCAGAAUCGUCUCCUCAAAUGACGCAAGAAAUAGCCAGGAAACUCUUCAGUGAGGGCGCUACACUCAUCUUUCUCAAUGUCCCCCUCGGCACCGAGUUUGGCAUUGACUACAACACAUGGAACACAGCUGAGAAUUUCAAGGGUGUGAAGAUGAUCCCGCCGGGGGUACACUUUGUGUACUACAGCGCUGUCAAUGUGAGAGAUCGAAGUACUGCGCCAAGGAUGGGGUUCUUCCACUGCUUCCAGAAAGAAGAGAUGAUGAUGUUGAGCUGGAGCAAACGAGACGAAGACGCAGUAGAGCAUCACUUGGAGGACGCUGAGAAGGCAGAGUACAGGGGACGACUCAGAGAGUUUGAUCCAUUCCUCGGGUCUUAUCCAUACGAAAGCUUAAAGAAAUGGGUGUCGUUGACGAGCCACAUCACUGAGAACUUGGUCAAGGCGUGGAUGCCCUCUUGUGGUAAGAUCUUCUCAGCGCCUCAGUUGAUUGCGGAUGAUAAGACAGCAACGACGGCGGAGAGGGCUGAACUUGCCGAGAGCCAGCGGAAAACAGCUGAGGACUCUAGUGCCACGGCAGAGGAUCUUCUCCCCAGAAUGCACUGCAAACCAGGCACUGAAAUCAGGUUCAGUGCGAUCCCGAAGAAGAAUUACCCAGACGGGGCGAGCCCUGCCGACGUCACCAAAUACUGCAUGGAUCUUAGUUACACGCUGAAAACAAUGCUACGGACUCAUUACCCAGACAACGCAAACGGUAUCUUGGCAGAGAUUCAAUUUGCCUUUGUGUGCUUUCUGAUCGGACAGGUUUACGAUGGAUUCGAACAGUGGAAGCAACUCGUCCACAUUCUCUGCGCCUCUGAGGAAGCCUUGUCGACCCAUCAAGACCUCUACAGUAACUUGAUCAGUAUGCUGCACUUUCAGCUCAAAGAAGUACCAGCUGACUUCUUCAUCGACAUCGUCUCAAGAGACAAUUUUUUAACGUCUACACUUCAAGGUUUCUUUGCAAACUUACAGGCGUCGGACGUGUCAGAACAGUUGAAGAACAAGGGGAGGAAGUUUAAGGACAGUUUGACAAAGAGGUUUAAGUGGGACUUUGAAGCAAUGCCAGAUGAAGAAGCGCCUGUUAUUGUGCAACUCUGAGAAUGAAUAAACUUCUGGGUCAUUAUUUGAGGGCCCAACACACAGCGCUGCUGCUACUCCAAAAGUUACCAGCCCAAACACUCCUCAAUGAGUUUUGGCCGGUGACCUAACAACUAAUUAAAAUACUAUUUGUGGCCGAUUACCUAAAUGUUUGGCUUAUGUUUUAUUUUAAAAGAAAACCUUUCUGCUUUAAAAAUCAGGGCCCAAUUUCAUAGAGCUGCUUAACGGUAAGCAAAUUUGUGUGCUUCACUGUACAGCAGAAACGUUUCCUAAGGUGCAAGCGUAUUUCACAGGUUAGUAAGAAUAUUAGCAACCAUCCUGCACGUUCCCAUGGAUUUGUUUUGUUACGUCAUUAAUUUUUGUUGCAAUAAUCACUGGAAGGUUAGCACGCCUCUUCGUGUGCUUUUAAAGAUAAGGAGCGCUAUGAAAUGGAAAUUGCAAAUUACUAAGCAGCUCUAUGAAGUUGGGCCCAGCUCUUGGCUCUAUAAUUAACUUGGAUAACGGUGAAGCGUAAACCAGUGCUGAAAGACUGCAGUUUAAUCGGACAUUUCCGUUGGGGGGGGGGGGCUGUUUAAUGUAGGCCCGAUUGUACCAUUAUUUGUGCAUUUUCCAGUCUCAGGGCGAGGGUUGGCAAGGGGUUCCAAGUGAGAGGGGGCUACUGUACCCCACUCUGGUUUACCAACUACAGAAAAACCACAUAACUUGAUAAUAAAAUGACAGGUACACAGUCCAACGUUUCAAGGCAUUUGUUCAUUUAGAUUUUAUUUUCUAAUAAUAAGCACAUAAUAGUAAUAGAAUAAAUGUAAUAUAAUUGUUACUUACAUUCACAGUAGCAAUGUAAAUUUGACACAAGUUAUAAUAAUAAUUGUAGGCUUACAUAAUUGCAUUUAGUUGAUUUGAUUUGAUGUAAGUGACCCUCCUACUCUUACACUUGUGACCAUUUUCCAGCGAGGACACCAAACAUUUUGAAACAGAAUAAAGUCGGCACGGAUUGUGGAUUGUCACACAACUUCAUGUACAUGUACACAGUACAUAUAUUUGUGGAGUGUGUAUUCGUUCACAACAUAAUAUUCAAUUGCCGGCUGGCAUAGUUAUCAGUGGACACACUUAAAUGGUCAGACAGUAGGAGGGUUGACUGUGUAAUGUUUGCAAUCAUAUCGCAGGCUGGCAUAAUUUCAUUCAAAUGAAUGGUGAGAAAGUAGGAGGGUUAAGACACAAUAUACACAAAAACAAGUAGCUUUUAAAUUUGGGCCCUUUUUUUUGCAAGAUCUACAAAACAAUGCUGUUUUCUCAGUAAGUUAUAACAUAAUUAGUUUUGAAAAUUAUAGUGAAAGGUUUGCGGUAACACCAUGUAGUGAUAAUCUCUAAAUGAGUUGGGGUGGUGUGGUUCUGAAAAGAACCCGAUA